GUAGACGCAGUCGAGCCUGUCGAGGUAGCUGUUGACUCUGGUGCUGCUAGGGGUGCUGAGCCUGAGAGUGCGGAGCCUGGGGGUGCUGGGUCUGGGGGUGCUGAGCCUGAGCGUGUGGAGCCUGGGGGUGCUGAGCCUGAGCGUGCGGAGCCUGGGGGUGCUGGGUCUGGGGGUGCUGAGCCUGGGGUUGCUGAGUGUGGGGGUGCGGAGCCUGACGGUGCUGGACCUGGAGGUACUUCGGUUGCUUCGUCCCGGCGGGAGCUGCCCUCUCCACAGGAGCUGUGCGAGUGGUUUGCUCGGCGCUGGAGACGUGCUGCUGGAGCUGGUGGUGCUGCCGGUGCUGGGGGUUCUCCUGCUGCUGGGGGUGCUGGAGCCACGGGUCCCGGAGGUGCUCGUACUGGAGGUACUGGAGCUGCUGGGCCUGGUGGUGCCCCUGGUGCUGGAGCUGCUGGCGGAGCUGGAGCUGGCGGUGCUGUUGGAGUCGGUGCUACUGGAGGUACUGGAGCCGGAGCUGCUGCGUCUUCCGGUGGUCCUGCUGGAGCUGGAGCUGCUGGCGGUACUGGAGCUGGAGGUGCUGUUGGAGCCAGUUCUCCUGUGGGUGCUGGAGUUGGCGCUACUGGAGCUGCUAGAGGUGCUGCUGGUGCUGGUGGUGCUGCAGGGGUUGGAGCUGACGCUGGGGGUGCUGGUGCUGUCCCUGCUGUCCGAGUCGCAAUUACAGCUGGCCUCCCCACUGCCUGCUCCUUCUCCCUACGCUGGUCCUACUGGAGGUCUUGCUGA